GUGAGUGAGCGUGUGUUCACUUCCUGGUCAUGUGAGAGGGGAAUCAGUCCGCUGUAUCCCGGUCUAGCAGCUCCUUACCGCUAACAUCAGGGCAGAAAAUCCGCUCUCUCCCCGGUUUGUUUACCUUUAACCAUCCUAUAAACGGAACAUUCGACCCAUAAGGACAACAAACUACAGUUUUUCUCUUCUCCUGAUUUCUGGAUCGUUCGCCGUGCACGUGGGCCAGAAGAGAUUCUGUUUUCCGUCUGUUUUUUCCAACGCAACAAGCAGAAAGCAAUCUCAAAGAGAGGACAGUGGAUUCAAUGAGGGAGCCAGAGAGGGAGGAGCAGACUGACGCCAGCAUGCCUCCCAAAUUCAAGCGGCACCUGAACGACGACGAGGUCACCGGCUCCGUGCGCAGUGAGAGGAGAAACUUACUGGAAGAAGACUCUGAUGAGGAGGAAGACUUCUUCUUAAGAGGACCAACUGGACCCAGGUUUGGCCCCCAGAAUGACAAAAUCAGACAGGUGCAGUCUCAGGUCGAUGAGGUCAUUGAUGUGAUGCAGGAAAACAUCUCGAAGGUGAUUGAACGUGGAGAACGUCUAGAAGACCUGCAGGAUAAAUCUGAGAGCCUGUCAGACAAUGCGUCUGCGUUCAGCAGCCGGGCCAAACAGCUACACCGGAGGAUGUGGUGGCGGGACAUAAAGAUGAAGAUGGUCGUGGCAUUAGUGAUAGUCGUAUUGCUGCUUAUUAUAAUUAUCCCUGUGAUACUGCGGUAUCAUUAGUUUCCUGCAUGGAGGUUGGAGGCUUCAUCUGCUCUUCCUCCAUCCUCCUCUUCCUCCUUUGCCAUUCCUCCACACAAGAAUGGGGUGCUGCGAGACCCAGUGAACUCUCACUGAAGCUUCAGCAGGAUCAUCUACAACAUCGGUGCAGGGCAGAGCGUGUAUGCGUACGUGUGGGCUUUGAUUAGGUCGACACGCCAUUGCAAGUCGUCCACCUUACAUCCACACCCUACUGUAUCCUCCUCAUGCAGUAAAUGUAUAUACAUAGUAGUGUUUCUAAACCUAGAAUCAGUCUUAGUCUUAAGGUUUAUAUCCGACUUUAUUAUUAUACUGUUGUCUGACAAAACAAAGACCUCAACCAUUCCUCCCAUGCUUACCAGCACGCACGCACACUGUUAUCAUCCCCCCAACCCCCACCCCACAUUAGUGGAAUUAGGUCACCAUGCAGGAGAGGACGCCUUCACUCUGUACUGUUGAUAUGUACAAGUUAUUAGAGUUAAUCCAAGAGAAAAAGAGAUGCCUUUAAAUAUCAGCUUCUAUAAUCAUUUUCUCUAAAAGUAAAUGCUUUUCAGUUACUUGGCAGGUGUUUUAAAAAAAAAAAAAAAGAAAAGAAAAAAAAGUUAAAUGAUCACGGCUAAUUGUGGUGAGUUUUAGUGUUUUGGUUUUCACUGAGCACUUCUUAUAGAGGUUUAAGUAUAAAUUAUCAGCUGUGUUCAUAAUAAUUUGGCAAGUUCGACUUUGACGGGUUCGCUGCUUUUAUGAGCUUCAUUAAGGCCAUACAAGCCUGAAUACUCAUCUAAUUACCCUUACAGCAAUGAGGUGAUGAAACGAGUGGAAAUUCUGAUCUGUAGCUUAAUUAAAAAAUUAAAAUUGUAUACUCCAAAUGUAAAGCUGGCAAAAAAAAAAAAACUGCCUUGCAAUAACUAUAUCGUAUAAAGUAGGACUAGAAUGAACUGCAGUAUUUUUUGGACAGAACGUAUGGAAACGAUAUGCUCGUUAUCUGCACAUGGAAGAGUUUAGAAGGGACGCACGGGCCCGAGCGUUUGCAUUAUUACCGCUGAAAGUUGGUUGGAUGAGUAAUCAGAGUCGUUUGGCCUAUAGGCGAGUUGCUCCUGAUGGUUUCAUUGUUAACAGGAGGUAACAUGGAGACAUCUGUAAAUUUGUAUCGCUUUAAUGAUGUACUAUUCUUUUGUAUUUAAUUUAUAUGUAAAUAUCCAUUCCUUAAACAAGGGGAUUUGCGUUAGACUGUGAACUACUUUUGCGUUUUGAAAUAAACUGGUUUUAAAGCGAGUCUGGCUGGAUGCGUUUCAGAAGCCGAAGAGCGAGACGGAGACGUCUGCCGCCUUAAAUGAAAACUACUACUACUACUACUGAAAUGGAGCUCACUUCAUUCUCCUCAUCCCUCUGCUCUCUACUUUUUACUGUAUUUGCAUUAUUCAGGCUUUUACUAGAUAACCACUGCUCAGUACCGAGUCCCUUGUCGCUGCUAAAACUGCUUCGUUAAAAAACUGUCAUUCCAGUUUUAUUUCCUGCUUUUACCUUUAAAAAAAAUUUUUUUUUUCUUCCAUCUUUCAAUUUAUAUCCCAGUCCCUCUGUUCUCAUUGCCAGGGUGUAGUUAGUUUCUGCAGGUCCACAGGAGGACCAAGCCAUGGCAACGAACACAAAGACACAUUAAAUACUGCAGCAAUAGCCAGCCUAUUUAUAGGGAGAUGGAAUAGACGGAGCGGUAUUCAGUUUCUUUGUGACUGUCUCCUUAUAUCCCACUUUAUUUUUCCAUCUCGCUUCAUCUCAUCUCCCGUUUACUCAAGUGAAGUUUGUAUCGACGCUGUAUAUCAAGACAUGCCGAAAACUGCAAGCUAAGAGGUGCAGGCAUGAGCCCUACUGCCGUGCUUCUGGUUUGAAUCUUGACACAGCCAAAUCUCCAGGCAUGCACUCUUUAAAUCCUUAGUUGAAAAUGAGGUUACUGGUGUUUCAUGAUGAUGAAGAAGAAAAGUCUUAUAGUACAGAAUAUUUCAUAUUUAAUAUAUGAAAUGUAUAAUAUGAUUUAAUAUGUAUAACUUCACACACAAAAAAAAUAAUAAAAUAGUUAUAUUACCUAUUUCUGUAACAUCAAACCAUGCACAUCUGUAUUAAUACACCAUAAUUAAUUUUUUUUACCAAGCCACUGAAGAGACCCUUGCGGGGGGGUAAAUGAAAAUAUCUUGUGAAAACAAUCAAUCUAUUGCACACACAAUUUUCUGUUUUUACAAGAUUAUUUUCCCUGAAAGAGUAAGGAGUAACGUUUUUAGGUAAUUGUUGAUGUGCGCCAGUUACUUUGUUUUCUUUCAGGAAAAAAAAAUGGAUGAAAGACUUUCACACGCGCAUAAGAGAAUUUAGUUUUCAUUUUUUUCCCUUUUCUUUCAGGGGCUUUGUAUAAUGUUAAUAAAACAAUGCAUGUAUUAUUUUUUAAGUAACAUUAAACUAGCCAAAUAAUGGACACCUGCAUUAUUAAAUGUCUAUUUUAUUCCACGAUCA